GCCUAUACCCUGAGGCUCUCACCCCAUUCAGCGCUGACACACACAUACUCCACGCAGACCACCCACUCCGCUCUACGAUGGCAGAAUCCCACCUGCAAUCAUCUCUGAUCACAGCCUCACAGUUUUUUGAGAUCUGGCUUCAUUUCGACGCUGACGGAAGUGGUUACCUGGAAGGAAAGGAGCUUCAGAACCUGAUCCAGGAGCUCCAGCAGGCGCGGAAGAAGGCUGGUUUGGAGUUAUCACCUGAGAUGAAAACUUUUGUGGAUCAGUAUGGACAAAGAGAUGAUGGAAAAAUAGGAAUUGUAGAGCUGGCCCACGUGCUACCCACAGAAGAAAACUUCCUGCUGCUUUUCCGGUGCCAGCAGCUGAAGUCCUGCGAGGAAUUCAUGAAGACAUGGAGGAAAUAUGAUACUGAUCACAGCGGCUUCAUAGAAACGGAGGAGCUGAAGAACUUUCUAAAGGACUUGCUGGAAAAAGCAAACAAGACUGUUGAUGAUACAAAACUAGCUGAGUAUACAGACCUAAUGCUGAAAUUGUUUGAUUCAAAUAAUGAUGGGAAGCUGGAAUUAACUGAGAUGGCCAGAUUACUACCAGUGCAGGAGAAUUUUCUUCUUAAAUUUCAGGGAGUCAAAAUGUGUGGGAAAGAGUUCAAUAAAGCUUUUGAGUUAUAUGAUCAGGAUGGCAAUGGAUACAUAGAUGAAAAUGAACUGGAUGCUUUACUGAAGGAUCUGUGUGAGAAAAAUAAACAGGAUCUGGAUAUUAAUAAUAUUCCAACAUACAAGAAAAGUAUAAUGGCUUUAUCGGAUGGAGGGAAGCUAUACCGAACGGAUCUGGCUCUCAUUCUCUCUGCUGGUGACAACUAGGGUUGAAGACCAUGACCACUCAUUAGUGAUACAUUGUCUCUAAAAAAUAAUUGUGCACCAUAAGGAUGUAGGCUGUCUUUUCUUUUGUAUCUGUAAAUUUAACUGCAUAUAGAUAAUUAUCCAAGAUCUGUGGCACACUCUUUUCAGAUUGUUUCUAUACUCUUUGUAAUGUACAGUUUUUGUAACCAUAUGACUGAAAAGGAGGAUGUCUAUGCUUAGGCCAGUCAAUACACCCAAUGAAAAAAAAAUAACCUAACAUAUUCUUCCUUCCAUACAUGUUGUUGGACAAGACUUCCCUCAGAAAUCCACCAGGAUUAGUCUCUAAAAUCCUAGUCUCUGAUAUUUGUCACUAUUGAAUAGAAGGAUUAUACAUAACAAGCUAAGCAUUCUUAUUUCAGACAAUCUGAAGUCUGCCCAACAAAAUAGUUCUAAGCUGUAUUUCCAAUUGGAAGAAAUGUGCUUUUGCAUCUAAAAUACCAAACUACCAAUCAAUAGUUAAUCACGGCUCUAUGAGGUUAAUAGUCUCACUUCACUGGGCAAGAAUUUAGUGAAUCAGCAAUACUUCUACUGCUUGAAUUCUUGUCAGUCUACUGGUUCAAGUUGAUUUGAUGACAAGGAAAGGCAGACAAUGCAUACAUCUACCUAAUUCUACAUUUGUAUUUGUAUUUAUAAGUCUACUGUCAAAGAGUAUGACCUCAACCCAUUUUCUAACUGGUUUCAUGUCUUGCAGCCUAUAAUUAUUCUAGGAAACUGCUGUUUUAUGUCAUAGUCUAUGUACUAUCAGAUUAAAUUAUAUAUCAAAUAUCCUGGUGUUUACUUUGCAUACUUCUUGGAUUUUCUUUCUGUGUAGAACUGUUCUUCUCCACCAAGGGUAACUGCUGCCUCUGAAAAUAAUUUUUUUCUGGAUACGACAGCCCUAUUUUUACUACCUAAGUGAAUUUUAAGGUAAAAUUCACGGCACCCUGAUUAUUGAAUGUUACAUCAACAAUUUUGUCUAUUCUGUGAAUUCUAUAUUUCAUACUGAUCAGCAUUCAAACUAGUUCUAUUUCUAUCUGCAGAUAGUUUCAAAUGAGUUAAAAAGAACAUCUGGAAAGAAAUGCUAAUGCAAUCAUUUAUCUUAUUUAGCAAGGGUAAUUCUAAAACAUUCUCUUGACACACAUUCAAGCCACAGUUUCAUAUAUUUGUAGCUAGAACAUAUUAUAUUGGCUAUAGUUGACAUGUCAUGCUUGGUGAUUUCUCAUUUUUUGAUUGUGAAGCAGGGAACUAUGAGAGAUGUGUCUCUGAAAUUUAUAGUUACUACCAAAGAGUCAAUGGUUCUGGAUGACUUUGAAUGUUGCCAUUCUAUAAAUUCAGCACUGAUUUUCUCAAUUCAUAUAAAUAACAAAAAGUGAGGUAUUUCUUUCCCCCAAGAAUGAACAGAAAAGAGAUUGCCAAAAAAUAAAAUUUAUCAUAUGAUUUCAGUGGUAGACUGGCUUUGCUUUUAGUGUGUAAAUGGAAGCACUGGACUUAGGCUGAAUUGAACUACUAAGAAUAAAUAAAAAUGAAAAUAACUUUAA